UAUAAUUUUAAGUUUCCUCACUUUAAUUUCGCAGAAAGGCAUUAAAGAUUACCACAGAUUAUUAUAAAGAGACAACUUGGUACUAAAAUUAUUAUCUAAAGUGUAAAUCUUCAAACAAUUGACGCCGAAAAAGAAACUUGACUUUCUUUAGCGGACAAGGUCGAAUGUCCUGUCAGUGGGCCAGAAUGCUACGUACAAUGAAUAAUAAUUACGUACGUUCAUACUUACGCACUCACUUCCUGACCACAUUUUAACUAACAAGCAUACUGACUACACUCUAAACCACUCAUUAAAAAUAAAAUACAUAAAUAAUUGUGACAUAAGUUUCGAAGCUGCAUUUGCGAACACCCUGUGAACGUGUUUAAAAACCAAUUAAAUAAGGAUUCAUUUGCGAUCGUUUCAACAGCACAGUAUAUUUUUUAGUAUAUAUUGUUUUCAUAAAAACUCAUAACGAGUAGCCAGGAGAUAAUCGCGUUAAUAGCCUUGUAAGUGAACUAGUGUAUGAACCUCUAUUCGCUAACCAAAAAGUGUGAAGUAAACAUUAGUGACAAAUUAAGGACCGCAAUUUCGGCGCUUUUCAAUGAUAGUGGUGAAUGUGUUAAAAGUGGUUUGAAAGACUGGCUAAUAUUUUGUACAAACGAUGAUUUCUCUUCUAUUAGUGUGUUUACAUACAUCUUUAAUAGAAGCGGCACCGUUGCAAGUACAGUUACUGCAACCGUUGCUGCAGCCGCAGCAGAUGACGUUGCAAAGACAACUGAUGGCAUUGCAACAAUUGCAGAUUUUGAAGAGAUUAAAUGAAUUGCAGAAUCCGCCUUUAGACUUACCAAGACCAUUGCUUAUUCUACUGCCAAAAAACAAAGCUACCAUUGACCAAGUACCUGACCUACCCAACUUACGGAAUCAAGAUACAAAAAAGAAUCACGGAAUCGAAGACGAUGAGAGAGAUUCGGUUGUAAUAGACGCUGAUCCUACUGAAAAAUACCACGCUCUGAAAGAUACACCAAAUGCUAUUUUACUCAUGCCAAAUAAUGGGCGAUUUUCCAUAGGAGAUUUUAUAUCAAGCAUUCCAUUUUUACCAAUAGAAAUAAACGUUCCAGACUCCAUAUCUUGGAUAUACAAUGGAAUUUCCAGCAUUAUAUCUGGAAUUGGUCAGAGAUUACCCUUCAGGCCACAAACGUUAGACGAAUUAGAGGCAAUGAAUCAAGAGGAAGGGAAUAUGAGGAUAAAAUCAUUGAACAGUCGUGGAAUACCGCCAGUUUUGGUAAUACCGAUGGGACAAUCGUUUCCUAUGUAUAAGUAGCAAACGUUUUUAAUCGCAAAUUUAAUUUUAUAGCAAUUCUUUGUUAUUCAUCGUUCCUCUUUGAAGUAAAAAGAGAAACGAAGCUUAAUACUUAUAUGAAUUAUAUAUGCUAAUAAGAGAAAAAUACUGUACUAAGUAAGUGAUCAAUGAAGACUUAAAUUAUAUUGAGUAAACUUUAAUUUUUGUAAUAACUAUAAUUUAAUGAUGGAUAAUAUGAUGUACUUAAAACCUAUUGAUAAAAAUAUUACGGCCUGUAGAUUCAUUAUUAUUAAAUAAAAAUAUUAACAAUAUAUAUAGAGACAGAAAUAAAACCGUUUUAUAUCAAAAUGCUUUAUUACAAUAAAAUUAAGUACAACGGCAUUGGAAGGUCACGUAAAAUCUACACAAAAAAAAUAUUUAUAUUGGUAACACGAUAAAGCAGUUACAACAAGCGAGACCGGGUUCAAGAGUUUAACCAAACGCAAACCACGGUUGACAGUUAUUUUUAAACAACUAGAAUAUGGCAUGUUAGAGAAAUUUAAUUACAAUUUAUAGUUACACUUUCAAACCCCGACCGUGCUUCAGUAUAAUCUAUUCGAUGUAAAAUGAACAUUUUGACAGAUCAAUCGGAACGUGCAUGACGUAGUCCUAAUAACAUGUGAUAAUUAUGGUACAAUUAACUUUUUUAAUAAAAAGAAAACCCUGUCAAAAUGGUCAUCACAUAUUGAAUGUAUACAAAUGGUUAACUUAACUUACUUUCCUACUAAAAUGGCAACGAUUGAAACCUCGUGAUAGGUGUUAAUGUAACAAAUAUAUUGCGGUAGAUAUCAAUAGUCAACACUCCAUACUAAUUGCUUCAUUUGAAUAUCAACGAGGGAAAGACGACCACACCAGUAUAAAUUAGUGUUGGUUUCCAUUACUAAUAUUGCAAAUCAGAACGCCAUUGCAUAUUUAACAAAACUUAACAGUUGGUAUCUGCUUGAGAAUAUUCUUUCAUUGCUAUGUACAAGUUAACACAAUUCGAAAACAGUACCGACUCAAGCAAAAAUGUUUCAUACUAGAUAAUAGUUUGAAAGUUGAAAUUCCAACAGCAGUUGACAGGAAGUCAUAGACAUACUCUUCGUCUAUUAGUAUUCACUAAAUAGAAAACACUGACACAAUGAACAACUCGACGAUUUUCGGUUACUACUUAUUCGUUAUAUGUAAAUGAAAUUUCUCAUUACUUAAUACUUGGCUCGCCUAUUUACAGGUUUGUGUGAAAAAUAUAACUAUGACUUACCACUGCUAUAAGAAUUAGAUGUUACUAGAAUUCUAACAAGUGUCAGGUUCUGUUAAAUCCUAUGACAAUAGUAUAGUUGUUAACGGAUAGGUGUGGCAGUUUAUUCAGAAACGUCUUCUUCUAAUUGCUCUGUCUUGAGCUUAAGGAUGGAGACUGGGUAUCUGAAGCUGUAGA